GCAUGUAUAUGUAUAUCAAUAUAAUUCAGCAGAGAGGUAUGGUCAUAACUCACAACACAAGCUGAUAUACUUAUGUGUAAUACAUAGACAUCCUGACUGUCGAGUAGUGCAUAUAGGAGCACUUGAUAGUAUUGCAUACGGAAGGUGCAGGUUACUAUUCUGGUAGAAUCAAUAAGCUUGCGUAGAAUUAAACUGCCUUACAAGAAGAUCUUCAUGGGUUUAAUCAACAAUGGAUGGUUGUCCAUCCUUAUUCUCUGUAUAUACACUAUCUGCAACGCCGGCUUAGCUCACGGCAAACAGACUGCUGCACAACUAAUAGACGAAGCGCGGAAGUUGUUGGCACACAAAGAUUACGAUGACGCUCUCAGGCUCUAUGGAGACGCCAUCAGUAUAGAGCCCGACAACUAUAUGCCCUAUUUCCAGCGAGCAACGGCCUACUUAGCCGUGGGGGUCUCGAAGCCUGCCCUGGCUGAUCUCACUAAGGUCAUCGAACUGCGACCCGAUUUCUCGCACGCCAUAAUCAAAGCCGGUGAACUGCACCUGAAGCUAGGUGAUCUGGAGGAAGCAGAGAAGACCCUUUCAACGAUCAAUGACCAAGAGAGUCUCCAACUGCUGCUCGAUGUCACUCAAGCACGCAAGUUCAAGGCAGACGGGUACAAGGCGGCGGCAGCCGGGCAGCUACACGAGGCCGAGCGGGAUCUGAGCAAAGCCAUUGAGCUGUGUGGGGCUGACGUAGACAUGCGCCAUGUGCGUGCGGAUGUGCGCAUUAAGUUGGGACUCAUUGGGGAGGCGAUCCACGAUGUCUCCAGAGCGGUCAAGAUGACAAACAACGACGUUUCAGGUUACUUGAAGCUAAGUUUGUUAUACUUUGAAAUCGGGGACGCGGAGAAGAGUCUGGACGAAAUUAGGGAGUGUCUCAAGCUAGACAACGACCACAAGGAAUGCUUCAAACAUUAUAAGAUGGUAAAGAAACUAUAUAAGAGCAUUCAAGGCAUCGACAAAGCGGUGAACGAAGACCGCCACGCCGACGCCAUUGAGAAGACGCACAGAGCACAGGAAAUUGUCGGGGACCAUCCGGCGUUCACCACCUUCUUCAACAAGCGAUUGUGCAAGUCAUACAGAGCCAACAAUGAUGCCGUGAAAGCCAUUUCGGCGUGUUCUAAGGCCAUUGCAGGCGAUGAGUUGGAUACAUCGCUCUUAGUUGAUAGGGCGGAGGCUUACAUUCUCAAUAAUGAUCUUGAUAAAGCCGACGCUGACUUCCAGACUAUUCUAGAUGGCGACUCAGAGAACCGCGAGGCGCAAGAGGGCAGACAAAAGGUGGCCCAGCUCAAAAAACAGGCGUCGAAACGGGACUACUACAAGAUCCUGGGUGUGACACGAAGCACCAAAAAGAAGGACAUCCUCAAGGCAUACAGGAAACUGGCCCUAGAGUACCACCCCGAUAAGUUCGAAGGGUCGGAUGAAGACGAGGCGGCGAUAGAGGCCCACAAGAAGCGGUUCAUGGACAUCUCCGAUGCGAAGGAGGUCUUGACGGAUCCAGAGAUGCGCAAGCAAUACGACCAAGGCAUCGAUCCGAUGGAUAGCGAGGCCCAGAAGGAGCAACAACAGCAGCAGCAAUGGGGCGGGGGAGGACAUCCGUUCUUCAACCAAGGCCACCGACAGCAACACUUCCACCAACGCGGCGGAGGGGGCGGUGGUGGGUUCAAGUUCCGAUGGGGAUAACUGCACAUACAUAGAGAUGUAGAUAUAUGUGUGCAUGUAUGUGUGCAUGUAUGUAUGUAUGUAUGUAUGUAUGUACGUAUGCAUGUGAAUGUGUAUACAAGACUGGACGUGCGCGGAGGUACGAGUUCUGUGGAGGACGGUGGAUUGCCCCAUAUACGUGUGUGUAAUGUGACGUAUGCGCACUACACUCAUCGAGGGGCGCCCGAGUGUGCUGUUUCUACGCGGAGGUCAAACACACGACCACAGCCGAUAUGAACUGAUCAUCGUUUCUAUCGACUCAUCGGGAUUAGAGAUGAGGGGGGCCGGGAGGGGGUUUUGUUGGAGUUGUUUACUCGUUCAUAUGCACACAUACAUCUAUAUACUACGCACACACAUAUACACCUACGGAAUCACACAGCGGAAUAAAACACCUGCAUAUACAUACACGUGCAUCUACGUGAAUGCGGCAAGCUUCAGGCUACACAUCUGCUAGAAACAGUGGGGAUGGGGGGAGGGGAUUAUAGGCAUCGCGGCACCACCCUCUGCAACUCGUAACACUUAAAGAGAGUAAUUUAAUAAAAGUUAUCUGCAAGUCGGGGGUGUAUUAACUUUUUAUUAUAUCCAAUAUGUCAGCUCGACUGCGGAACUCUAUUAGAUAAUUCAAAUUGUCUUACUGAUGAGAAUUUGGUACGGCA